GCUGGUUAGCUAGUUGUUGUCAGGCGGUGGCUGCACUCUAGUGCGAUUUUUCACCUGUUUUGGAGGACAAAGUCUUUAAUUUGAAGGAGGUCUGCAAAGAUUUGGAAGACUAGCGGAGCACAUACUUUUACCCACAAUGGAUAUUGACGUAAAGAAACUGAAAGUCAACGAGUUGAAAGAGGAAUUGCAAAAGAGAGGGUUGGACACCCGUGGGCUCAAGGCGGAUCUGGUUGAUAGGCUGAGAGCUGCACUGGAAACCGAGGCUCCAGAAGCGAGAGCUAGUCUACCUGAAAGCGCUGGUGAGGAGUUUACAUCUGAUGACUUACAGCAGGCUGAAGCGGGUGCUGAAGAGGCGGCUCAACAUGGACAGCAGGAAGAUGAGAACCCUCAGACUGAGGAAUAUAAGGCAGAAUCCACCCCUGAUGUGGAUCACAGUAUUGCUGACUGCUCUGCAGAGGUUAACAUGACCAAAAUGGCAGAAGAACAUGAAGUCAAACCUGAAGUUGAGAGACAGCCUCUUUACAAAGAAGAGCAAGAUGUACAAGGAGAAGUGGAGGUGAAGAAGGAGGCUGUCGUAAAGUCAGAGCAGGAAGAGACGGAAUCAAUUAGUGAGUGGGAGGAGAUGGAGGCUCAGCAGACUGUAUACUACAAGUACCAGCAGGACAGCCACACAACCUAUGGCCGCAAGAGACACUACGACGAGGGACACAGCUAUGGCUAUUAUGAGCAUCGAGAGGACAAGAGGUCUCGCUCACCUCAGCCCCCAGCUGAGGAAGAAGAGGAGGACUUUGAUGACAGGCUGGUAGCCAUCGAUACUUAUAAUUGUGACCUGCACUUCAAAGUCUCUCGUGACCGGUACAGUGGCUACCCUCUCACCAUUGAAGGUUUUGCUUACUUGUGGUCUGGAGCACGUGCCACUUAUGGUGUAAGCAAGGGCCGAGUCUGUUAUGAGAUGAAGAUAACUGAAGAGAUCUCAGUUAAGCAUCUUCCCAGCAGUGAACCUGACCCUCAUGUGGUAAGAGUGGGCUGGUCUCUGGAUUCCUGCAGUACACAGCUAGGAGAAGAGCCUUUCUCCUAUGGAUAUGGUGGAACUGGCAAAAAAUCUUCCAGCUGCAAAUUUGAAGACUAUGGAGAGAAGUUUGGUGAAAAUGAUGUCAUUGGAUGCUACGUUGAUUUUGACAGCAAUGAGGCUGUAGAAAUUGCAUUCUCCAAGAAUGGGAAGUGGCUUGGCGUGGCGUUCCAAGCCUCUAAAGAGGAGCUGGCAGGUGGAACGCUUUUUCCUCAUGUCCUGGUCAAGAAUUGUGCUGUGGAAUUUAACUUUGGCCAGAAGGGGGAGUCCUACUUCCCUUCACCAGAGGAAUACACAUUCAUCCAGGCUGUGGGAAUUGAGGACAGGACCAGAGGCACCAUAGGCCCAGCUAACAAGGCUGAUUGUGAGAUCUUGAUGAUGGUUGGUCUGCCUGCAUGUGGAAAAACCACAUGGGCCACCAAGCAUGCAGAGAUGAACCCUGAGAAGAAAUACAACAUCCUUGGUACCAAUGCCAUCAUGGAGAAGAUGAAGGUGAUGGGACUGCGUCGUCAGAGGAACUAUGCAGGUCGCUGGGACAUACUGAUUCAGCAGGCGACACAGUGUCUGAACAGGCUGAUCCAGAUUGCCGCGCGCAAGAAACGCAACUACAUUCUUGACCAGACAAAUGUAUAUGGAUCAGCCCAGAGACGAAAAAUGCGUCCUUUUGAAGGGUUUCAACGCAAGGCUAUUGUAAUUUGUCCCACGGACGAGGAUUUAAAAGAUCGAACGUUAAAGCAAACUGAUGAGGAAGGGAAGGAUGUGCCCGAUCAUGCAGUGUUAGAAAUGAAAGCUAACUUUGUGCUGCCCGAGCCUGGAGACUUCCUGGAUGAGGUGAUCUUCGUGGAGCUGCAGCAUGACGAAGCAGACAGAUUGGUGAAACAGUACAACGAGGAGGGCCGCAGGGCGGGGCCAGUGUCUGAAAAGCGCUUCGACAACCGUCAGUCGGGCUACCGUGGGCACAGUGGCAGCAGCAGCGGUGGUGGCUACCAGCGCUAUGACAACCGUGGAGGCGCACGUGGAGGCUAUCAGAACCGCAGUGGCUCAGGAGGAGGAUACAGAGGUUACAACCGUGGUGGCUACAAUCAGAAUCGUUGGGGUGGAAAUUACAGAGACAACAGUUCAAGGGGUGGAUACAACCGUAACCAGCAUUACGGAGGGGGCUACAAUGGUAACCACCAAGGUUCCUACAACAAGGAUGGAUACAGCCAGGGAUACAACCAGGGAUAUAACCAAGGCUACAGCCAGGGCAACUAUAACCAAGGUAGUUAUAACCAAGGCUACAACUACGGCAACUACAGCCAAUAUCCAGGAUAUGGACAAGGAUACAGUGAUACCCAGGCUUCUGGGCAGUCAUACAACCAGCAACAGAGCUACAAUCAGCAGUACCAGCAGUAUGCCCAGCAGUGGCAGCAAUACUAUCAAAACCAGAGUCAGUGGAGCCAGUAUUACAGCCAGUAUGGUAACUACUCUGGCCAACAGGGCAAUAGCCAGGGCUCCCAGGGCUCCCAGUGAAGACACAGGUGUCGCCCCAUCACAGUCGUCUCUAGUCGCACACCCACACAACUAUGCGCUUUAUUGCACACCUCAUUCUCCGUCACGUCUCCCCUUUAUAUCAGGUCCUCUUAUGUAGUCAUGCUUGCCUGCCAAGCUGUCCUCACACUGCCAUUGAAAUUCUUUUGUAGUCGGAUCGAGUGCUCCAUUUCUGAAAUUAAUUUCCAGUCAGAAGAUCAGAGAAGCUUCCUGUUGUAUUUUAUUUUGAAUCGGGCUUUAAGAAUGUGAAAAGUAACAGCAGUGGCAUAUGCCACUCUGGUACUGUUGGUGUAGGCCUUGCCUGUUUCAGUGAAUGCACUGCAGAAUGCUGCAGAAAAUGGAUAUUUUAAUUUUACAGGAUAAAAUGUUGAUUUAGCAAGACAAUAAUUGUGACUGCUCUGACAGGGUCCUGCCUUCCUUCACAAAGGACAUAGCCAAAAGUAUGUUUUUACUCCCACCUUAACAUGUGUUCUCAGUUUGUUACUACCUAUCACAUACUACUAGAGAUGUUCUAUAACUGCAGUCAAAAUGACAUCUAUUUUUGAGUAGAUUUCACAGGUUUUAAUUGUGCUCCUUGUUGAUCAGUAAUAGAAUGUAAUGGAACAGAUUUUAAGAAAUGUUGAUAAUCCUGACUGACUUGCUUUUUAUAUAUAUAUAUAUAUAUAUAUA